AUCGCUCUUACGAUUGAAAGCGCCAUCUGCCGACGUCAUAAGAGCAAGGAGGGUCCAUGGACUCCACAUUCCUUUCGUGACAUUGGGCAUUCCUGUGGUGACAUUGGAAUAAGAAGACUUUAGUUCAGAAUGAUGUCAUCUUGCACAUCAGUGAGAACUGGUGAUGUUGAUGUUUCGUGGUAUGGCUCCAUAGUACAUAACUGUAUCCAGGAGGACAAGCUAAACAAACUGAAAGCAACCAUCCGCAAAUUCAAUAAGGACCAGAGGAGGAGGAUUGUCACCCAAAAAAUUAUGGGUAAUGCACCUUUGUUUACUGCCUGUUUGAAGGGACUUGUUCACAUUGUUAAUUAUCUCUUAGAUGAAUGCCAUGCCGAUAUUGAGCAGCGUGGAAUAUAUGAGGUGGAGCAGGACCAUUCCCGGCAUGUUGUCACUCCACUCUGGUGUGCAGCGGUAGCAAACCAUCUCGAGGUUGUGAAAACUUUAGUGUUACACAGUGCCGAAAUUAACAGCUCAUCUGAUACUCAAUCUACCCCAGUUAGGUCUGCGUGCUACAUGACGAACAUCUCCAUUGUUAAAUUCCUUGUGGAUCAUGGAGCAGACCUUCACAAACCCAACGUCAAUGGCGGAACCUGUUUGAUAAACUCUGUACAAGAUCCAUUUCUCUGUGAAUACCUCAUUAAGAAAGGUGCGGAUGUGAACGCUCGAGAUAACUCGGGAAACCUUGCCCUGCAUUAUGCUAUAAGGGAGGACCAGCUGGAUACCGUGAAGCUGUUAGUGAGAUAUGGAUCAGACUAUAAAGCCAAGAAUGUUUUUGGAGAUGAUGCCUUGCAAACAGCUGCACUCAGAGGGUACACCAAUAUAGUGAGGUACUUACUAGACAAUACAGAACAAACACCUCAAGAUGCCAUACACUCACUGGAACUUCUGGGAGCAAAUCUAGUGGAUGAAAUUCAUGAUAUAUCAGGAGCCACGGAGAUAUGGAAGAAGGCCAUGACUCUGAGGUUCUUAGAUCCACGGAACAUCAUUACCAAAGAGAUUCCCACCAGCACCAUCUAUGCCUAUCAACAUGCAAGAGAACCCCAAACAGUGGAAGAAUUGGAAAAAAUAACAGAGGCAGAUGAUGUUUACAUGCAGGCCUUGUUGAUCAGAGAACGGAUUCUUGGACCGAACCACAAGGACACGACAUUUGGAUUGAUGUACCGUGGAGCGGUGUACGCUGAUAGCCAUCGGUACCAGCGUUGUGUGGAUCUGUGGAUGUAUGCUUACAUGCUGAGACAUAGUAAAGGGGACCCUCUCAAACAGGAGUGUUUGUUCACCGUUCAAGCCCUGGUCAAACUCUUCUGGGAAAUGCAAGUGGAAUUAGAGUCCAAUGCCACAGAGGAAAAGGUAAGAUUCUCUGAUGCUGUGGAUGUGUUCGCUAAGCUUACGGAACAGAUAAUUGAUGGACAACUAGUCAUGGCACUGCAGAAGGGAGAGCAGUUUAAUGGAGAGUGCCACCUGGUGGAGGAUUUCCAGCUCCUGCUUCAGCUGUCAUUGCACAUGAUUCAUUUGAUUUCCCAGCUACCCCAGUCAGAAGAGGAAAGUUUCAACUUCAAGAGAAUCGUACACCAGCUUGUUUCUGCCAAUCCGCGGGGACAGGAGGGAGAGAGCCUACUUCACCUAUCUGUGGACCCUAAAAUAUCCCUAACUAGUGAGGAGUUUUUCUCUCCCUUUCCUUCUCUAGCUGUGGUACAGAUUUUGAUAGAUUGUGGAGCAGAUAUAAAUGCUACAGACCACAAACGAAACACAUCACUACACAACAGCAUUAAAUUCCUCACCUACUCUGAACUCCAGAAUGAGGGGAUCUUGGCUUGUCUGUUGGGAAAUGGAGCCCAUGUGGAUGUAUAUAAUGGUGAUGGACAGAGUGCUCUGACUUUGAUUCAGACAGCAGGGUUACCUGUUUUCCCCCUGCAGUACAGAAGUUUACAGUGCUUGGCUUCAGAAGUUAUCAUGAAAAAUAACAUACCAUUCCGAAAUGAAGUUCCAGCUUCUUUGAUUCCAUUCAUUCAGAUGCAUGGCAACAACAACUUCAUGAAUCAAUGAAUGCUAUUUUUCUUUUUGGUGGUAGAAUAAGUUGAGAAAUGAAAUGAAAUUUGGUGUGGCAUGUUUUAAAGAAGUGUGCAGAUAAUUAUUUUAUAUCCAGAUAUUAGUUUCAUCAAUUUUCCUUCGGUAUCAAAUUUCAUUGUUUUGCUUAAUUCAAAGAGUACUUUGAUACAAACAUUUAACCUUCUUUAUCAUAUAACCCAUCAAUAUUCUGUAUUUUGAUACCAUUUGGUGUUCAACGAAUUAUGAUGAAACCAAACUAUUCCGAGCAGUUGUUCAGUAUGUGACAGUUGAGUGCUACCAGCAAUGAGCAUUAUUUUACUGUUAAUUAUAUACAUUUAUGCAGUACAUUCUGUCAUGCUGUAAAAGAAAACAAGGUCAGAGCCAUAUAAUGUGAUUAUUAUUCUGUUGUGCACUUUGCAUUUACCAUUUUCAAAUGUGAACCAUAUUGUCGGGUAAUUGUGUAAUCUUAGAUUCUUCCAGAGGUUUUUCCUGUAUAUUUAAACCCGGAGUACUGUGGAAGUGCAAAUCUGUUAAACCAAGUUGAUAAAACUGUUUAAUUCCACUUUUAACUUGAGAUUUUAGAAUUCUAUGCCAAAAGAUAUUUUUUGGAGAUACUGCAUCACAAGAUACAGUCUCUUUUAAUUAAAAUAUGUGUAUUGUAAUUGUCAGAAUGCAAAUGAAAAACCUGUACACCAGUUUUCCUGAAAGAUUGUUUUUUGAUACUAUACAUAUGUGUGUAUGUGCUUUGUUUAUUAUGUUUUGAUUAUGGAUGUAUGGUUGUAAUAAUGGUUUAUUCAUUUUAAUUUAUCUGUACAUACACAGUGUAUAAAUCAGACCCAUUUCACAUUCACUUCCAACUUUGUUUAGGGGUACCUUGCUGAGAAUAUUGUAUCCUAGUCUUGUCAAUUUGUGAUGUAGCAUAUCAACGUCAAGUCUUGAUCUGGUAAACGUCAUCCAGUUUCAAAGAUCCCUCAUCAAAAACCAAUGAGAGUGGAUAAUAUGUAAACAAAGCAGGUUUUAGUGUUUUUAGCUCACCUGAACAGAAGGCUUAAGUGAGCUUUUCUGUUAAAAUCUUUUGUUGUCUGUCAUUGGCGUCGUUGACGUAAACUUUUCACAUUUCCAUCUUCUUCUCCAGAACCACUUAGCCAAUUUCAACCAAACUUAGCACAAAUCAUCCUUGGAUGAAGGGAAUUCAAGUUUGUUCAAAUGAAGGGCAACACCCAUCUCCAAAGGGAGAUAAUAGUGAAAUAGUAAAAAUACACGGACAAAUUUUUAAAAACACUGCCAAUUCCAAUCAAACAUGGUACAAAUCAUUCUUGGGUGAGGGGGAUUCAUGUUUGUUCAAAUAAAGGGCCAUGGCAUUUCAAAGGGGAAGUAAUCACAGAAAUGCAAAAAUAGAGUGAGGUAAUUUAAAAAUCUUCUCUAGAACCGAUAUCGUCGCAAGCCAUGGUGAAGAACCACUGGGCCAGAAAAGUUCAAAUUUACACGUUAGCUCCCCGACAUAGUUCAGAUUCAAGUUUGUUCAAAUCAUGGCCCCCGGGGUUAGGGUGGAGCCACAAUAGGGAUAAAAGUUUUACGUGCGAAUAUAUGUAGGGAAAAUUGUUAAAUGGCCAAGGUGACUCGGGUGAGCAAUGUGAUCCAUGGGCAUCUUGUUUAUGGUUGUUAUCGAAGUCUCAUCCAAACUAUUACUGAAUGACAGGGAAAUGUUAUAUAAUUCUUCAUAGGGUACCGCCUUUCCUGACUGAAAUGAUCCUGAAAGAGCAUAUGUAGUACUGUGACCAUUAUUUAUUUACUUCAUACACCCUUCUUGGUAUUGUUACAUAUCAUUUUAUGCAACUUCAUUUGGGAAAAUUGCAUUGCUUUAGUGCUAGUAAUUUCAGAUACAGGGAUAAUUUUAUGGCAACCAUUCUACUGAAAUUGUUCAUACAAAUAAAAAAAGAAAAGAAAUAAUAUGAAAAGUUUUUACCUUCAUUUGAAGUGCAGCAAAUGGAUAGAGAUAUUGCUGGGAUUGUAAAUGAUUUAUUAACGAAUAUGAGCUAAUGCUGGUUUAAUUACAUGUGACAGUCUCUUCUCAUGUAACAAAGUCUGUUAAUAAAUUACUGUUUUCAGAUGUCAACAUUUUCUUCCAGUGAUAAGAAGAUUUUGUGCUUUAUUAGAUAUCGGGGUUUUCCACAAGGGCAUUUGAUAAUAAUACAUCUUGUAAUUUACCUUUUGAUACAUGAAAUAUAUGUGAUAGAAGUGAAAUAAACUGACCCGUAAUUAAACUGAGGUUAUAAUUAAAGUUGAACAAUAUGAAA